CAGAAGGCUGCACCAACCACCGAGCAACUCCUGAACUACCUGCUUUCUCCCGCCUCUACCGAGCUUUGCCGCCCCGACGACGAAUCUUCUGUGGUUGAGUCUCAAGGUGCAGACUUCAAGACCUACUCCUCGUCUGCCCUGUCUGCUUUCGAAGAGCUGAUCUGCGCCGUCGUUUUGAGCCGUCCCAUCAGCCACAAGCUCGGUCUUCGCGCCAUUCGUACAAUCCUGAACGCCCCUUACUCCUUCACGACUCCCUCGGCCAUCAUCUCUGCUGGCAAGGAAAAGAGACACCAAGCUCUGGACGACGCAAAGACCCAGCACAAAGACAAGACCGCUGAACAAAUUGGUCUCGUCGCCGAUGUAGUCGCGCACAAGUUCAGCAAGAACGACACCGAUACGAGCCUUGACAAACUGCGCGAACAGGCUUCCAAGGACUGGGAUAUGGAGCGCGAUCUGCUGCAAGAGAACAUCAAAGGUCUCGGAAAGACUGGCUUGGAUAUCUUCUUCCGUCGUGUACAAUGGUUGUGGCCAGAAGCUUAUCCAUUUGUGGACGAGAAAUCAUCGCGUGGCAUUGAAAAGUUGGGUCUUCCUAAGCAUCCCGAUGAGUUGGCCAAGGUGCUCGAUAGGUACUGGGCUAAGCUCGACACAAGUAAUCUGGAGAAGGGCGACAAAGAGAUGCAAAAGAGAAGAGCGUUUGUUGUGAUUUGCGAGAGAGCUACUAGUGCUGAUCUGGAAGGCAAGUCCGAUGCUAUCCUUGAAGCUGCCGCU